UGGAGAGGGUCUUCUGACAUAACAAAACCUUAAUGGUUCUGAAAUUGUGAUUUGUUUUGUUCAAGGAGAGGACAAUGUGCCCGAGGAUGACAUCUGACCUAAUUAUUUAUUGUCCAAUGUUGUUUCCAAAAUUAUUUUGUGCAAUUUGAGGUAGAGAUGGAUACAACAUCGAAACCCCUCAACCUAUCAACAACCAUAUAUUUUCAGGAUUAUGGAAACGAGACGACCAUCAAUCGUUUUGAACAGCCGGAUUGGCAAGUGGCACUGUGGGCAAUUGCUUAUUCACUUAUAGUGAUUGUGUCUGUCACAGGAAAUGUCACUGUAAUUUGGAUAAUUUUGGCGCACAAAAGAAUGAGGACAGUGACUAACUAUUUUAUAGUAAAUCUUGCAUUCUCUGACGUUUCGAUGGCUACUUUCAACACUGUCUUCAAUUUUGUUUAUGCUAUACACAACGACUGGUACUUCGGGUUGGGAUACUGUAGGUUUCAGAACUUCUAUCCCAUCACAGCCAUGUUUUCAAGCAUUUAUUCUAUGGCAGCUAUUGCGGUUGACAGAUACAUGGCCAUAAUUUACCCUUUACAACCAAGGCUAUCCUCCACAUCCACCAAGAUUGUGAUUGGUCUCAUCUGGGCGUUGGCAUUCUCCCUGGCUUUCCCCCAGUGUUACUACUCUGUCACCCAGCAUUAUCCACCACGGACCAUCUGCAUGGUCAACUGGCCCGAUGACUAUGGCGGGAAACACCAUCUUACAUACCAGAUAGCUAUGAUCAUACUGAUCUACCUGCUCCCCCUGCUGGUGAUGUUGAUCACCUACAGCCUUAUUGGCCAGACACUGUGGGGCAGUGAGAUACCGGGGGAGGCCUCAGACCACUACCAGAAUCAGAUCCAGGCCAAACGCAAGGUGGUGAAGAUGAUGAUAGUGGUGGUGAUGACCUUUGCCCUGUGCUGGCUGCCCUACCACAUCUACUUCAUCCUGGGCAGCUUCAACAAGGAAAUCUACAUGCAGACGUACAUCCAGCAGGUAUACCUGGCCAUCUUCUGGCUGGCCAUGAGCUCCACCAUGUAUAACCCCAUCAUCUACUGCUGCCUCAACCAAAGAUUCCGCUCAGGGUUCCGUCACGCUUUCAGCUGGUUCCCCUUCAUCAAGGUGUCGGAGGAGGACAAGAUGGAACUGCAGCACACACAGACCUUCAGGAUGACCCGCAGCUAUCGCACUGAGAACACCAAGAGCACUGUGGUCCGCCACAACUCCACCCAACAUGAUGACCACACCACAGUCAAGCUCAUGAAAAGCUAAAGGCAUGAGGACAUGUUCAAGCUCAUGAUGACAGCUGCUAGGAGAAGUCAAGUGAAACAAAUCAUGUAAUGAUUGUGUAAAGUCACUCAGUCACACCAAAUACCUCACAGACGAUUGUUAAUCCAGGAGGAGAAUGGGAAGGAGAACUCCCAUGGCAUAAGCACCAAGCCUUAUCUGUUGCAGUGUUUAGGUAGUGAUAUUAUUUUUGUUGUUUUAGCAUAAAAUGUUGUGUGCCACCUGGCUUUGUAGAUCAGAUUGUGAAACAUGCAAGUGAACCCACUUGUAAAUAUUUACUGAAAUAUCAAGUAAUUGAUAAGAGACUGAUACAUUUACACACACAAAAAAAACACCAUACUUUAUUAAUAGUACACAAAUGAGAUUACACAAAUGAAUGAUGGGGUAACAUCUGCCGCAAUAUAAUUUGAGGAAUGGACUGUGAUAUUUCAAAAACGACACAGAAUAUUUUCCAGCUCACCUCUGAACUAUGUAACCACUGUAGUCCUAGACUCAUCUUGGGGAAAUGAAAGUUCUCGAGUAGAAUAUAUUGCAAUCUUUUCUACAGCAAUAGAACUGUUACCAAAAUCCAUACACCACAGAACUUGACUUGUAAGAGGCAACCUUUUAGUAGUUUUUAGACUAGAAUUAGAAUUAAUUAGAAUUAGACUACAGUUGGAAACAGUUGAACAGACAGACUUUGUGGCAAGGGGAUUGAAAGAGUUAUAUGGGAUAGCUGUAGUGUCCGAUAGAGCCCAUGUUUGCAGCUAUGGGGUAAAAUGUUGUGUUUCUCAGUCCAAGAUACAGUAACCGUGUACAGUAUUCAAUGGUUCUCUGAAAUCAGAGAAAAGGCUAUCAACACAAUUGUUAGGAAAACGAAAACUGUCAAAAACAAAGCAUGUGAAUUUAAAAAGGAUAAUGUGAUAUGUGGUAACUAUUGCCUUUGUUGAAUAUCACAGUGCGUAUUUCAUUUUUGUUUUGUGCCCUAGAGAGUACUCUUAUUUCAUGUUGUGACUUGUGAUGUGCUCAAAAAAGAAAUUGUCAAAGUUAUAUCUCACUACAUUUUUUGCUACCUAUGGUGUCACAUCAUAUAGGUCAUGCUUAUUGUAAUAUUGUUGUAUUUUGUACAGUUGAUAUUGAUAUAGUGUAGCAUAGAAAAGUCACUCCACUGAGGAAUUUAUACAUUUAAAGUAUUGUAAAAUGUUACGCUGUGUAUUAUUGUAAUAUUCUGGUGCUGGCUACUUUGGAAAUUAAUUACGGCUAUGUUGAUAACAGUGUGGACAACUCAGGUCGGCUGACUUUCCACCUCAAGAUAAUUGCAUAAUGCCAGUGUAAUUCAUAAAUUACUUUAUUAUAACGAUAACUGAAAUGAAAAAUAUAUGUAGCUUUGCAUGACUGUGCAGACAUAUUGUAGGUAAAAUGAAUUCACAAAAUAACAAAAAUCUUGUUGUUGCUAACAUAGCAUCUUUGUCCAAGGGCUUAACUGUUUAAUUUAUACUGUAUUAUUAAUGUGCUGUACUAUCACUGGAACAUUUCAUGAACAAAAGCUCAGAAUGGAAGUUGACCUUUAUUGAAAAAGUAUUUACCAUAGGUCUUCAUCUGAUGACUAACAGCUUUAUAUUUGGUUGCACAUCAAAAAAAUGUAAUUUAAUCCCAUUGCAUCAUUUGGACCAGUUUUGUGCAUCUCUAUGAUUGUACAAAAUAAACGUAUUCUAGAUAUCUGACACCAAAUAAGGUAUGCAUUUAUUAUUUCAUCUUAGAGCUAUCAUUUUCUUACAGUAAGGCUCAAACAUUCAACUGCAGUAUACAAACGUAUACUCACAUCUUGCUCCAUUCAUUCUGUUAUAGAUGUCUUCUUUUGUACAUUGUGCACUGUUGGAAUUCAGUCAUUAUCUUAUUCACAAAAGCCAGUUUUAUUGAUACCGUUGCUUUAGAUAUCUGGUUUUCAGCAGGAUCUGAUUGAAUCGGGCCCUUAAUAUGACUCAACCUGAGAGGUUUCACAGAGACUGCCAAAGCAAUGCAUUGAGGAAGCAUCCUACAGUGUGGCUACAUUUACUUUUGAACGAGCUUGUGAGCAGCCUGCCCUUGAGCAAUGAAAAGAUACUCAAAGGUCAAGGAACAAUGGUUCAUUCAUAACAACCCUAGAAAUUCUAUCAAGCAAAUACAAAACAGGUUGACAUUUGAUAUCUUUGAAACAUUUCACAAGAUAACUUCUUAACCUUGCAAUGAUUCUCCCCUAUCACUCAUUAUGUCAAAACAUCCACCCAAUACAAAAAUAAAAUAAAUAACAUUGACAUUUACAUACCUGGGCAAGAUAUAAGACAUUCAAAGCAGAAAUAUUUUCCUUUGUUCUCUACUAUACAUAUACCCAAAUGCCUAAAGCAGUGUUAUACAUCACAAAUAAGAUUGCAUAAAACAAAGAGCCCAGUUCCUUUCAUACAGCACAGCAAAUCAACACAAAGAGCAAACGGCUGGUAAUAGCAGGUGAAGAAGGGAAAUGGUUUGAAGCAUGUAAAUGUUCUGUCAUUGAUGCCCUUGAGAUCUGCCCACCACAGGGGAACAAUGGGUGGUUUCUGAAGCAGAGUGGUAAAGUGGAGAAUACUGUAAGUGUCAUGGCUAGAGUGGUAUGCUGCUACAAGAAGAGGAAGAAGAGGAGGAUGAAGAGGAGGAGGAAGAAGAGGAGGAGG